AUGGCCAACCCGCUGGCGUCCUAUGACCAGCUGGCCCACCAGGUGGCGGCGCUGCGCCAGGAGAACUCCCACCUGAGGAGGGAGCUAGAGGACAAUUCCAACCACCUGUGCAAGCUGGAGACCGAGACCGUCGGCAUGAAGGAAGUCCUGAAGCAGCUGCAGUGCAAGCUGGAGCAGGAGGCGGGGACUUUGGCUUCAUCGGGACGCAGCGACGUGCUCCACCAACUCAAAGAGCUGCACAUGGACUUGACCAACUACUACGAGCUGAAGCAUCAAGGUCACCAAGGUCACGGGUCGGCGGACAAUCAGGGAGCCCCAGAAAGGGAGCACUGUCUGGCGCUACCCCCUCCCGCCUGCUCCUCCUCUUCGGCUCGCAGCGGCGACAUUUCCGUCCUUUUGUCGCCGCAUCACUUCCUGGACGGGGCCCCCCCCAAAACGGCUGUCAUCAGCGGGGCGGACGGACGCCUCAGCGACCAUCACAUGGACGAACUCUACAAGGAAAGGAACCAACUUUUAGGAGAAAUUGACCGCGAAGAGCGAGAACGUUGUUGGUACUUCAGCCAGCUGGAUGCGCUGUCACAGAAACUGGCGCACCUGCCUCGCAUCGACACGUUUUCUCUGCAAAUGGACUUUAUCCGCCAGCAGCUGGAGUUUGAAGUCCAGCAGGUGCGCUCCGUCAUGGAGGAGCGCUUCGGGAGCGGGGAGGAGAUGAUCCGCCGCGCACAGAUGCGUGUUGCUCGUUUGGAGCAGCUGGAGAAGGAACUGCAGGAGAACCAAGGGAGUCAAGAGUGCCAGCUUCAGCUGUUGGGCGCAGAGAGGCCUCCCGCGGGAGAAGCGGAGAGCAACGCGUCUGCGGACGGGACGGCGGACGGAGGAAACAAGGUGGAGAUGGUCUUCUGGUUGCUGUCCGUGUUGGCCAAUAGAGACAAAGAGGAGAUGUCCCGGACGCUGCUGGCCCUCUCCAGCUCUCAGGACAGCUGCGUGGCCAUGAGGAAGUCCGGCUGCGUGCCCCUGCUGGUCCAGAUCCUCCACGAAGAGGCCGGCGGGCCGGGGGAGGCGCGCUGCAGUCGCGAGGCCAAAUCCCGAGCCGGCGCCGCCCUGCACAAUAUCGUCUACUCCCAGCAGGAUGAGGGACAGGCCCGCCGAGAGAUGAGAGUCCUGCACAUGCUGGAACAGGUCCGCACUUACUGUGACAGCGGCUGGGACUGGAUGGAGAGCCACGCCCAGACCAGGACCGCUGGAAGAGAUGUUCCGGAACCUGUAGAACCUCAGAUCUGCCAGGCCACGUGCGCCAUCAUGAAGCUAUCCUUUGAAGAAGAGUUCCGCCGCGCCAUGAACGAAUUAGGUGGUCUCCAGGUGGUGGCGGAUCUGAUCCAUUUGGACCACCGGAUGUACGGCACACAGAACGAUCCCAUCAACAUGGCGCUGCGACGCUACGCCGGGAUGGCCUUGACAAACCUCACCUUUGGAGAUGUGGUCAACAAGGCCACUCUGUGUUCAAAGAAGAGUUGCCUCCAAGCUCUGGUGGCCCAGUUGGGCUCCGACAGCGAGGAACUCCACCAGGUGGUCUCCAGCAUUCUGAGAAACCUGUCCUGGCGGGCCGACAUCAGCAGCAAGCGAGUCCUGAGGGACAUCGGCUGCGUCUCCGCCCUGAUGAUGUGCGCCCUGCAGGCCACCAAGGAGUCCACCUUGAAGAGUCUCCUGAGCGCUUUGUGGAAUCUGUCGGCUCACAGCUUGGAAAACAAGGAGUCGGUGUGCGCCGUGGACGGCGCCCUGGGCUUCUUAGUCAGCACGCUGACGUACCGCUGUCAAACCAACUCGCUCGCCAUCAUCGAGAGCGGCGGCGGCAUCCUCAGAAACGUCUCCAGUCUGGUGGCUACGCGAGAAGACUACAGGCAAGUUCUCCGGGACCACAACUGCCUCCAGACUCUGCUGCAGCACCUGCGUUCUCACAGCUUGACCAUCGUCAGCAACGCCUGCGGCACCCUCUGGAACCUUUCGUCCCGCAGCCCCCGAGACCAGGAGCUGCUGUGGGAUCUGGGCGCGGUGGGCACGCUGCGCAACCUCAUCCACUCCAAACACAAGAUGAUCGCCAUGGGCAGCGCGGCGGCGCUGAGGAACCUGCUGAGUCACCGGCCCCCCAAGUACAAGGACGCCUCGGUGCUGUCGCCGGGCUCGUGCGCGCCAUCGCUCUACAUGAGGAAGCAGAGGGCGCUGGAGGCCGAGCUGGACGCCCGACACCUGGCUGAGACCUUCGACACGCUGGACGGGCGCGGCCUCCGCAAGCAACUGCGACACGCCGAGAGCCUGGCAAAGGAUUACGCCUCAGAUUCCGGCUGUUUUGACGACGAGGAGGCCCCCGUCUGCCGCGGUCCAGACACCGUCUCCGUGCUGUCCGCCUAUCUGGACAACUCUGAGUCGCUUCAGAAGAGGGACGCGGAGCAGACAAGAAGUCAGUACCCGCAAGCGCGGAGACAAGCGGCGCCCGACGACGAGGCGUCCUCUGCCGCCGCCGAGACCCUGGCCGAGAAGAUCACCGACGCGGUGGCCAAGAUCGACCGAUUGGUGGAGGACAUUGCCAUGCAUACGUCGUCCGAGGACAGCUUCAGCCUCAGCUCCGAGGACCACCUGGCGGACUGGCCCCACGGACCGGACCGCUCCCCCUGUCGUCUGUCCGAUACCAGUAGCCUGGCCCGCCGGGAACGCCUGGGCAGGGCCCGGGCGUUACUCCGACUGAAAAGCGCUCACACAAGCGUGUCCACCGACAGCUUGAACAGCAGCAGCGACGGCUACUGCGGCAGCAAAGAGCGAGUCCGAUCCGUCCCCAAAACUCGGGUCCAGCAAAAAAGACCGGACCGCUUGGAACUGAAGGUGGCCCACCAAGGCGGGCUUUCCGCAGAAACCCAGGAAGAGUACCGAGACGUUCUCAUCCCGGAGAGAGAUUCCGCGGACAACAGAGUCCCAGUCACCGUGGAGCCAGCUGACUCGGACGCCGAAAAGAACCCGGCAGUUCAAACGCCGCUCAGCGUGUCCACCAAAGUCUCCUCCGACGUCAGCAUGGCCUCUGUCAAGCUUUCUCCUUCGUACCAACGGAUCCAGAGCGCAGCCAAGACGGACAUUCCGGCGGCCGACGCCACGAGGAAACAAGCCUGGGUGUCCGUCGCCGAGUUUUCCACCGUGACACCCGGCAGGAAUCCCGCCAUCGGCGCCAUGGAGACCCUCCAAAAGUACUCGGUGGAGAACACGCCCAUCUGCUUCUCCCGAUGCAGCUCCCUGUCUUCGUUGUCCUCCGGGCCGGAUGGACACGAGCCGGAGGAGAGCGACUCCUCGCUGGAAAUCCUCGACGGAGGACGGAGAGCCGAAGACGACGAGACCUUGGCGGACCUGAGCGACAGCCAGCUGCUCCUCACAGAUUCCAAAACCUUCCCGAGCAAAACUCCGGUGGAAAUUCCUCAUCCGUCCAAACGGGAGAAGGUCUUCCUCAGGGGACCCUCGCCGAUGGAAGACCGAUCUCCCUCCAGUUCCUCCGAGAACUACGUUCAAGAGACUCCUCUGGUCAUGAGUCGCUGCAGUUCGGUCAGCUCUCUUGGCAGUUUCGAGUCUCCGUCCAUCGCCAGCUCCAUCCAAAGCGACCCCUGCAGCGAGAUGAUGGACGGGACCAUCAGCCCGAGCGAUCUUCCGGAUAGCCCCGGCCAAACGGCGCCUCCCAGUCGAAGCAAGACCCCGUGUGGAGCCGAAGCACAGUCGUGUCAGUGGGAGAACGGUCUUCAGAAGUUGAUGGAGGUCAGCGAUUCCAAACAGCGAUUUAACCUCCCCGCCGAUAUGGACGCCAUGAUCUACUUCACGGUGGAAAAGCCCACCGAGAACUUCUCCUGCGCGUCCAGUCUGAGCGCUCUGCCUCUUCACGAGCACUACGUGCAGAAAGACGUGGAGCUCAAACUGACGCCACUUCUCCAGCAGGGCGAGAAGAACCACAGGGACGAGCAGGAGCAGCGAUACAGCGAAGGCAACUCCGACGACGACAUCGAGAUCCUGAAGGAAUGCAUCAACUCGGCCAUGCCGUCCAAAUUCAGGAAAGUCAGACCUUCUGCCGUUCCUCCUCACUUUCCCAAAGCUUUGCAUCUCCCCGUCUACAUGAUGCUCCCCAACGGGAAAACGCAGCUGUAUCCCGGGAGGAGAAUCGUCAUCCCGCAGAAGGACAUCAAGUUCGACGAUUCGUCCGUCACCGACUCUGCCGACGGGACCCCGGUCAAUUUCUCCAGCGCCACUUCGCUGAGUGACGAGACCCUCCGGUACCCGGCUAAGGAGUGUCCGUCGCGGCCCCUCGACGAGAGGAUCGAGGACUUGAGGAUCUUCUCCCGCUUCCGUAAAGCCGACAAAGUGAACUAUCCGCGCGCCGUUCCCUCGGGCCGCACCAGCAGACACGUAGUUCCCACUCAGAAGGUUCUGAUGCAGAGCAAGGAAGUGGCCGAUCGGGUCGCUAGCCUGAGGAAGCGUUCUCCGAGCCGAGGAAAGAAGACGCAAAUCCAGGCUUCCUCCGGGAAGCUACAACUGCCCGUCAUAAAACAUAAGGCGGAGACUAUCUCCGACCAAAAGAGAAACCCAUCCCGUUCCUCGGAGGAGACCAAAUAUCUCCGCCGCACCAAGGAAGCCAGCGGGAACCUGUCGAGGAGCACUGGCAACAUCGGCAGGACCUCUGCGUCCCGCGCCGAGCCCCGAGGCUUUCACAAGAUAAAGCAGAACCUUCUGAAGGACGACUGCCCGGCCUUUUACUCUCUCAGCUCCUCUUUGAGUUCCCUGAGCGACGCCGAGUUCGAGGAACGCAGAUCCAAAGCUCAGCAGAUCUGGCACAAGAACAAACGCAACUUGACGCAGCGAGCCACAUCGGAGGAGCAAAGCUCUCCAAGUUCCGUCAGCGUGGACUCGGAGGACGACCUCCUCCAGAAGUGCAUAACUUCUGCCAUGCCCAAGCAGAGACGCAAGACGGCCUCCAGGAGGAACAAAGCGGAGAAUGACCAAAAACUGCAGCAGAAGGCCUCGGACUUCUGGACCGUGGACGAGGACAGCGACGACCCGGCGUGGGACGAAGAUUCCGACCUGAACAGCGUGGAAUGGAGAGCCAUUCAAGAAGGCGCCAACUCCGUGGUGAGCGGGCUCCAGGCCUCCAAAUGCCAAGAACUGUCCUCUGAAGAAAGCGAAUCGGUCUUGUCCUUCAUGUCCACGUCCAGCUUCACUCCCAAAGAGAGGAAAUUUGCCAAAGACAAAAAGGCUAACAAACCUCUGGACUUUGCGCAACGCAAGCCGGUGGCCAACUUGCCGGUGGUCUUCAGGGGCAGAACGGUCAUCUACACUCCAGUCAAAGAGACGGCUCCUUCGCAAAUACCUCCGCCCAGGAAAGCCUCCGCCAAGACGGACGCGCCGAAGAACCCCGACCUGGCUCAGCACAGAUCCAAGAGCCUUCACCGCUUAGGAAGACCUCAGGAGACGGAGCUGUCCUUACCGAAAAGGAGCUCCACUCCGCCGCCGAGGAUUCCCAAGAGCUCUUCGUCCGGAUCUUCGCAAAGUUCUACGCGUUCCCAGAAAAAGCCGACGUCUCCGACUCAGAAGAAGAGCGUCACGCCGGCGAGUAGCCCCCCCGAAAGAAAGGGACGCUCUCCCGUGGUCGAGAAAGUGGACAAAUCCACGGCCAAAACCCAGAAGUCUCCGGUCAGAAUUCCGUUCAUGCAGAAUUCCGUCAAAACGGCGAGACCUCUGUCCCCUCUGGUCACCAACCAGACCACGGGGAGGCAAAACCAAGUCGGCGGGAAGCGCGUCCUCCCCGCCAACCGGCGCCAACUCAGCAGGACAGCUUCAUCCCAACCUGGCGCCGAGUCGGACUCCAACGGAUUCUUGAGACAGUUGACGUUCAUCAAGGAAUCGGAGAACGGGCUGAAACGUAGCCCGUCCCGGAAGGGUUCUCCUCAUCGCCUGGUUCCCGGAGCUUCCACGGUCUUCCUCUGCUCGUCCCGAUGCCAGGAGCUGAAGGUGGCCGCGCAGAUUCCCAGGAAGACGGCGGGGAUGUGCGGCGGACAGACGCAGCGAGUCCAGAGACCGGGAGUCGGCGAACGGGUCGGCGGGAGCUCGGAAAGAUGCCCGCCCAGGAGAAGCGGCUCGGAAAGCCCCAACAGGGCCGUCGGGAGAAUCGCUCCGGGCAGAACUCGGGGGACGAGACGGGAGCAGGACAAAAACGACUUCAAACGUCACGCUUCGUCCCCGACGAUCAACAUCCUGAGCCGAGUGACCAGUCGCUCCUCCCUCCGGUCUUCGUCCUCCGAUUCCAGCGGCCGAGCCAAAAGCGAGGACGACGCCAAAAAGAAAAGUCGGAACGACACCUGGAGGAGGAUCAGGGACGAAGACGUACCUCAGAUCUUGAAAAACACUCUGCCGGCUAACGCGCUAGCUCUGGCGCCUUCGCCUGACGGGGAGCGAGCACCUCCGCUUCCUCCGGUUCUUCUGGGUUCUCGCAGCGUCAGCGACGCCACCGUCCAGACGGAAGACUUCUCCGGCGCGGAGUCCGUGGGAGACGGCCCGGGACGGGCGCCUGUCAGGAGCUUCCACGACGGAGACCCGAGUGUCUCUGGCGGAAAAGCUGAGGGGCACGCCGUCAAAUUCCGUCAAGGGUCUCCCAGUAAGGCAGCCAGAGUUUCUCCGUUCAACUACGUCCCCAGUCCCGUGGCAGUGCCGCAGCAGGACCGCCUCAAGACGGACGGCUAA